CACACACGCAGACACACACACACAGACACGCACAGACACACACACAUACAUAAAGGCUUCCUGGAGGGUUUGACCGUGUCUUUUAAGCCGUACCUUGGAUUUUCAGGACUCUUAAUGGAUUUCUCUUUCCAGUCAUGAAUCUGAACAUUCAUGUUCAUCCGUGACACACGACUCCCACUGAAGGUAAAGGAGAGGCCUGCUGCUCAUUGAGGUCUGGGGUCACGGGAAGGGGGCGGGGGAUCCGGCAUCCAUGGAGUCCAACCUGUCGUGCCUGUCUUCGCUAAAAGAAGACAACAGUCCUCUUUACAUCCAGCCACAUUACAAAGAGUCCUACCGCCUGGCCAUUUACGCGCUGCUCUGUGGAGGCAAGGAGGCCUACGAGGAGUUCCUCCGCGCCGAGCAGAUCGGCCACUUCCUGUCCGAGGAGGAGAUCCUCUACAUCUUCCAAAAUGCGGAGCUGCCGGUCACGGACGACUCCCCCGAGGGUAAGCAGGUCGAGGACCGGGCCGGCCCCUCCACCUACUUCCCGAUGGAGUCGGACGAGGAGGUGCCCGAGCUGGACCUGGGCUGGCCGCAGGUGUCCCUGAGGAGCGAGGAGACCAGCAUCAGCCUGCUGUUCAACCCGCCCCGACACAACACGCCGACCAUCAAAGAGGUGGUGCGCAAACAGAUACAGGAGGCGAGGCAGGUCAUCGCCAUAGCGAUGGACGUCUUCACCGACCUGGAUAUUUUCAAAGAGGUCGUCACUGCCGCGCUGAGGGGAGUGAUGGUCUACAUCCUCCUGGACGAUUCCCAGUUCAGGAGCUUCCGCACCAUGUCACAGAGGGUGGGCAUCAACGUCCAAGACUUCAAGAACAUCCGUGUCCGGACAGUUUGUGGGCAGCGGUAUCAGUGUCAGUCCGGGGUGAAGUUUCAGGGAGAUUUGGAGCAAAGAUUUCUUCUAGUGGACUGUCGAACAGUUUUGUAUGGAACAUACAGCUACACAUGGUCCUUUGAAAAGAUCAACGUUAGCAUGGUCCUGGUGAUCACUGGUCAGCUGGUUGGCUCUUACGACGAGGAGUUCCGCAGACUGUACGCCCGCUCCACGGUUCCCACCAUCCUCUCCAGGGAGAAGUCGUCCGUCCAGUACCUUAGAGACAUCGUGGCCCUGCAGAGCCCCAACUCCAGCCACCUCUCCCUCCACCAACUUCACACCCAAUCCCAAGUGACCCACGGCACGUGGGGCGCUCGGGACGACCGGUUCAGCAAUUCCACCGCGAUGACCCGAGGGCUGAGCGUGCAGGAGAAGCUGCACCAGUCACACUGUUUCGACAUGGGGAACCUGAUGAGGGGGCACAGCUACGGCGGAGAACUUCAGAAGUUGAGCCCCCUGACUCGGCUGCGGAUGGGGACCAAGAACAUCGGAGUACCCAUCAAUCCAGAGAAGACGCGCCCCAAUCCGAGAGGGGGCAGCGACCUACUGCCACCAAACAGAUCAUCUCAGCACCACCUCAGGCACCAGAACCGCUACGGAGCGGACCAGAGCCUGAUCCCGUUCAACUCUGAAACCUCCCUCAACAGGUGGAAGAUGGACACGUACUUCAACGACAGCGGCGUGCCUCUGGAUGCAUCUUGUGACACCAUGUCAUCUAUAAUAUCUCCGUACGGGAGCCACACAGGCCUGAACGAGCAUCAGACGCAGCUGAUCCACAACAGGUCGAUGGACAUUAAGUCCAGGCUGGAAGAAGUGAGGCAGAAGAGGCUCAGUCUGCAGGACUACACCAAUCUCAGGCACAGCCAAGAGUCCCUGAGGUCUACUUACCAGGAGAAGACAAAAUAUAAGCGGAAUUUGGACAAGAGGAAGGUUGUGGCAGACUCAGAGCCAAAUGCGCAAAACGGGCACAGCAGGGAUCCGGCCGACCACAAAGACAGCGAGCAGAAGAAGGUAGCGGACAAAAGAGAGCAAACUCUCCCCAAGGGCCAGCGCUCUGCCUCCCACUGCGACGGGGCCGUAGCUCCAGAUCGCAAGACAACGCAGACGUAUGACUGGCACGAGCCAGGGGCUGAUUUAGAUGUUACACAAAGCGAUUCAAUGCUCAAGGUUUCUCAUCUCCAACACCCAAGGGCGAUGAAGUCCUUGACUGAGAUCCCGGAGGAAAAGGGGGAGUGCUUACCCGUCAACAGUUCAGACUCGGCUGUGUUGAAAGAAGGACGAGAGGAGGUUUGCAAAGAUGAGAGAGCUGUUCCAAAAGAAAAAUCUGUUGAGUCCAGCAUACCCGCAGAGUCACAGCUCAAGGACCCAGGCGGAGAAGGCCUUGACUCCAUCUGCAAGGCGGGAAAAGGCUCAGGCCCAGCUCCCCGGGAAAGAAAGAAAUCCACAUCCAAUGAUGUACAAACUGUCCCAAAAAUCUUAAACCCUUUUGCAGGAUCUCAGCCCUCACUGGCAGAUAAAAGUGGUCAGGUGGAAAAAAAGAAAGGAUCAGGCCAGGAGCCGCUGCUUCAAAGGAAGCAUUCCUUAAGGAUGAAAGUUGCGUCAAUGCUUUCGCAAGACGAAAAGAAAGUGCACAAGAAAGAGGAGAAGUCCCUCCAGAGAAAGCCCUCGGUAAGAUCCUACGCGGCCCCCGCCGGGCACCCGGCCGAGAGGGACCAAUCGUCGAGCCUCUCCCGGUCGCAAAGCACUCCCGGCGGACCGGCGGAGACUGUGAGGCAGAAGUCUCCGUUCCCGAGGCUGACUCCUCAGCGCUCCUCCAGCCAGAGGAAGCCAACCCCCUCCGGGGAGCCGCAGCGAGGCUUGAGGAGCGACGAGGCAGCCGAUGACUCCGGGAAACAGAAGGUCUACAGUCGAUUCGAGGAUUUGCUCAGCUCUGAUGGUCUUCCUCCGGAGAGUGACGGGCGCUCCUUCCUGAACAGGCAGGACUCCACGCAUCAGAGCGCCGCCGACAACAAACUUGGACGCUUCAUGCAGCGUGUAGGAAAUCUAAUAGGCAAGAACAAGUGAGGGGCGCAGAGGCAAAAGAUGGCCGCCGCGCUGAAGGUCCUCAAGGUGCAAGACCCAGGGGUUGCUUGAGGAUUUAUUUGGACCCCGAUGCAGAGACAUUUGAUGGAUUUGUUUUGUUAUUGUCAAGUCAAACUCCAGAUGAAGCCUGGGCCAUAUAGUGUUAUGAAACACUUUUUCUUAUUCGGCAGUCUGAAAUACCUCAACUUUGAUUAACAGUUCCAACUUCUGCCUGUCUUCAACCCAAAUCAGGGCUUCGUUUUUGCAUUUCUUCAAUCGGGGGAAUCCUCAGACGGUCGAUGAUCUAAAAUUUAAAACAUGAAAUGAAAUUUAUCUUCAAAAUCUUUCAGAUCAAGAACAUUGUGCAUCCUUUUCUGUGAUACCAGCGCUCAAUGGAGAACAGCAUGUGGUGUUAGUGUGUGUUCUCUGAUCGUGAUAUUUUCCACGGUGCUAAAACACACUGUUUUAACCUUUGUUGGAUAUUAGGGUGGACGCAGUCGAUGGGGGGUGAUCAUAUCGGUGGGUCAAGGUUUUGAAAAUAUUUGUGAAAAUA